UAUCAGCUUGGACUGGCUAUGUACAGGAAACUAGUAAGUCUCAAGCGGUUCUCCGCGGAGAAGUCGAUGCACUUGCUCAAAGAUGACGAGGCCUCGCCAUCGGUGGCCAUUUCAGGUGGUGCUCCUCCUCCUGCUGAUCCACCUGGCAGCCGGGGGUCAGAUCCAGGAUGCUGCCGAGGAGAUCGAUGUGCCGCCUGCCCACCGGGCUGCACCACCUUCGCCCCAGGCAGCUGGAGCUGCUGCUCCAACACAGCCACUGGGUCCACCACUGGGUCCACCACCACCUGUGGGCUCUGCUCCGCCACCGAGUUAUCCUUUGUACUACCCAGCUGCGUGGCUGCCAUUCGGACGCUUCAGCGCCUCCAUUCCCGUCCAGAUAGUCGCUGCCUGAGUGCCCAUCCCCACCAGAAACUGGCCAAAGGACACU